AUGCUUAAUUAAGUUCUGUAAGUGAUUGGUGUGACUUAAAACGAAGAAUAAUAAUUGGAGGCAAUCUAUAAUGAUUUUUAAAGACCUCCAAAAAUAGAUAUUGCAUUAAUGCAUGCUGCUGCAACGAAAUUUGCUAGAACUGAUCCAAAUAUUGAUUUGGACAAAACAAAUGUUUGUCCAUGUUGUGGAUUGCCUACAAUAAUAGAAGAGCUACCUUUAUGUUCAUCUCGAAAAGAAUUCAGCUUCAAUGGUUCUGGAAUAGCAUUAUAUUUUGACUUUCUUGUUUUUGCAGGUGUCAUAAUUUUUGAGUAUAUGUACAAUAUUGCAAUUAAUGCAGAGCUAUAAGUUGUGGAUAUAAUAUAUAUGCAAACAUGGAAGGACAUAGAUGUGAUAAUCUAGAUGAUAGUCAAAGUGAGAAAUGUUAGACUAAUUUUUUCAACUUAUUUUCUCUUACAAAUGAUGAUGGGUAAAUGUUUAUUAUUACUAUUAGCUAAUUGGAUAAUAUUCGAAGUCUUUUGAAUUUUAUAUCUCUUAUUUGCAUCUUAUUUACUACACUCUUCUACAGGAGACACAUUAAUAAAAUAGCUAUGGAAUUGGAUGACGCAGCCAUUCUAGCAUCUGAUUACUCUAUUUUUGUUGAAAAUAUUCCAAGAGAUGCAAAAGAAAAUGAAUUAAACUAGUUUUUUAUGCAAGUCUUCUAAAAUGAAACUGUAGAAUUAAGGAAAUUAUGUAUAGCAUAUGAAAUUUAACCCUAUUUAAAGUUGAAUAAAUAGAAAUAGCUUAAAGAAUCUGUAUUAACAAAGGUCUUAGAAUUAGAAGCAGAGGGCAAAUCAAUUCCUAAGUCUAUUCCAUCAAGAUAAAUAUUAGAAUAAGAAAUAGCAACAAUAUCUAAAGAAUUAGAUUACAUGGAAGAUCAUAAAGAAACUUUAUUUGAUUUUAGUGGUGUUUGUGUUAUCUCUUAUAAUUAUGAGAAAUAGGCUGAUAAUGUAUGUAAGACAUUUAAAUGUACAAAAUUUUAAAUUCUACUUGAAUAAUUGGGUUUUGAAUAAAAGCAUUAUCAAAAAUUUCGUAACAAUAGUUUAUUUGUGAAAAAGGCACCAGAACCUGGAGAUAUCAUUUGGGGAAAUCUUGGUAUAACAAUUAAAGAAUAAUAUAAAAGAACAUUAGUAACAAAUGGAAUGACUUUAUUUCUACUUAUAUUAGGAUUCGGUUGUCUUUUUGGAUUAUCUUACAUUUAAUCCAUUGUAAACAAUUAUACUGAAGAAGGAUCUCUUAUAGAUUCAAUCAUUGUUAACCUUAUUGGAAUUGCUUCAUCUAUUCUCAUUUCAGUCAUCAAUGGUGUACUUGCAAAAAUGAUUGUUAAAUUUGCAGAACUUGAAUAAUAAGCUACUAGAACUGAUUAUAAUGUAAGUGUAGCAUAUAAAAUGGGUGUUGCAUAAUUUCUUAAUACUGCAAUUCUUACCUUAAUUAUUAAUCUUGUGAUUAAGGAUCAAUCAGUGACACUUAAUUAAGCCAUUUGGUAAAUAGGAGGUCUUAAUUCUGAUAUCAUGUUGAUUUUCAUUACUAAUUCUAUAGUACCAUGGUUCAUUCUCUUAUUAGAUGUCAAUUACUUUUACAAAUUAUAUGUCAGAAACAAAAUUUUAAAAUAGGGAGAAAAUUGUAAAUAUACAUAAAAUGAAGCAAAUCAGUAUUUUAUUUAUCAUAAUAAUAGAGCUUUUGAAGGUCCUACAAUUGAUUUAUCAUAAAAAUAUGCUCAGUUAUCUAAGACUUUAAUGUUAGCAUUCCUUUAUGCAUCUUUAUUACCUUUAGGUGUAUGUUUUACUUUUGGAUCAAUUGUGUGUAUUUAUUGGACAGAGAAAUAUCUACUAUUAAGAAGAGACUCUAAACCUGCACCAACUGGGAGUGCUAUGGCAGAAGCUAUGAUAGAUUUCUAUAUAGAAUUGAUCCUUAUGCUUUUUUCUGUAAUAGUUCUAUAAUAUUGAAUAUAUAGUUAGGUUGUACUUUGUGGGAAUGGAUUAAUUAUGAUCAAGUACAUACUCUUACUUGGAUUCAAUUAGGACUUUCCACUUUACAUUAUUUAAUUCCUAUUUAAUCUAUUUGUGGAUGUAUUGUAGAUUUAGGAAUUGACAAUGCUACUAUUGAAUCAUAUGAUGAAAAGUUCUUAACUUUCUAUGAUGAUUAUGAUCGUCGUAAUCCUGUAACAGCUGAUGCAGCUAAAGAUAAAUGGAUUAAAAUUUAAUCAGAGACCAUUUAAACAGCUUAACCAAGUUCAAAAAAGUAAUUUUCUCUUUAAUUUAUAGUAAUGUAUUAAAAAGUUAUCAUUAAAUCAAUCAUGUUAUUACAGGUAGUACAAAAGUACAUCCAAUAGAAAGUAGAGAUAGUAAAGAUGAAUUGCAACAAUUAAAAAUCUGA